AUGGAAGAUGGAGAAGUCCAGCAAGAUCUGGCAACGUCUUCUAGCCCAAACAAGGAACAACCCCUCAACAUCGUAACAACUGAGCCAAUAACACCUCGCUCUUCUAGUCUUUUUCACCCACCGCCUCCUUUUCUAACAAUAUCUGCUUCAGGAACAUACCAGAAAGUCACGGCAAGGUCAAGCCCUAUGAACAGAGACUACAGCCCUUUAGGAUCAAGGAGGAAAUCGGAUGAUCUUCUAGCCCUCAGUGAGAAACACAUCUCUCUAAAAAGGGACGAGAAGAUCGAACAACUGGAAAGGAUGGUCUUCAACCUCCAGCAAGAAGUCUUCUCCUUGAAGCAGAAAGUACAUCUCCUGGAGGCCUCCUCGUCGAAGGAGCCAGAAGCUCCGCACCAGCCCUGCGAGGCAGACAAACUCUUCAACGGCUACACCAGGGAGCAACUCCGAGAAGCCAUCCGGUUUGACCAGAAAAUCAGCACCGCUUGCAAGACGCUGCUUCACAAGCUCUUCACGUCCGACUAUAUCCAAAGCCACUCCAUCACAGGGAGACGGGGGAAUACAUUCCGGGAAGCGAAGCCCAUGAUGGACGAAAGGUGCAUCAAAAUCAUUCGGGUGUUGCUGAAGCAGAAGUUCGGGGACCAUCUGAGUGACACCGUCAUCACCGAGAAGAUCCAAAAUGUGCAGAAGGCCCUGAGGCAGAAAUACAAGGCGGAGUGCCUUUGA